UGCUUCUCUCUGCGUCCCCAGCCCGCCUGCAACGCCCACUGCCAGCCCACCCAGAAGGUCGAGAAGAAGAUCGACUUCCACUGCGUGUCUGACAGCUCCGCUUCCCGUCACUGGGCCCAGAUGAUCAAGAAGGGUGCCAACCCCGACUUCAGCCAGAAGGGCGCCAACAAGUCCCUCAAGGUCAACAUCCCUGAGAGCUGCCGUGCCUAAGAUGGUUUAGCUAUUUCAUUAUUGUAAACAGAAUAAAUAAAUUCUGCAGCAAUCCCA